AUGGGCAAAUGGCGCUAUGGUGUCGUCCUGGACGCAGGAUCGUCUGGGACUCGCGUACACGUUUAUCGAUGGCUACGCAAUUCUAUCGCACGGAAGAACGCCGAUGUGGAGGAGCUGAAAUCGCUACCGGAAAUUAAAACCAAGGAGGAAUGGACGAAGAAGAUACGCCCUGGUGUCUCUUCGUUCGCCAAUAAACCCGAAUUGAUUGGACCGGAUCAUCUUGCCCAAUUGUUGGAACACGCCAAAGGAAUCAUUCCAGCCGAGGAUGCUAAGGAUACUCCGAUUUUUCUGCUUGCCACCGCGGGCAUGCGGCUGCUCGGAAACCUCGAGCGACAAUUGCUUCUGGAUCAAAUCUGUUCAUACGCUCGUGGCAACUCGGAAUUCUUGCUUCCGGACUGUGGCCUUCACAUCCAGGUCAUUCCAGGCGUUACUGAAGGGCUUUACGGGUGGAUUGCGACAAACUACCUCAUGGGGGCGUUUGACACCCCGGAAAAACACGACCAUGGAAAGGGACAUAGCACCUACGGAUUCCUCGACAUGGGGGGCGCUUCAGCCCAGAUUGCAUUUGCCCCGAAUACCACAGAGACGGAGAAGCACGCCGAGGAUCUCAAACUGCUGCGAUUGCGGAACAUUGAUGGAUCGACUCAAGAACAUAGAGUAUUCGUUACCUCAUGGCUAGAGUUCGGUGUUCACGAAGCCCGACGACGAUAUCUGGAAGCUCUACAGACCGCAACUGGACCAGGUAUCAUGGAAUUCCCUGAUCCUUGUCUUCCUAGUGGGCUACGGACCACGCUCGACAGCAAAGAUGUUUCGGCGAGCGAGGCAGAACCCUACCUACUCGGUACUGGCAAAUUCGAUGAAUGUCUUCGUCAAACGUACCCAUUGCUGGAUAAGGAUGCUCCCUGUGCAGAUGAACCGUGUCUGCUAAACGGGAUUCACGUUCCAGCUAUCGACUUUGAUGUGAACCAUUUCAUCGGAAUCAGCGAGUAUUGGCACACUACCCAUGAGAUAUUCGAAAUGGGAUAUAAUGAUAAGGCUUAUGAUUUCAACACCUACCAAGAACGCGUCCAGGCGUUUUGUUCGCAAGACUGGGGCUCAAUUGAGCAUGGCCUCGAGCAGCACAAAUGGGGAAAGAAGGUUGAUCGCCAAAAGGCCUACGAGGUGUGCUUCAAGGCAUCUUGGAUCAUCAAUAUGCUACAUGAUGGUAUUGGAGUACCUCGUGUGGGACUGGAGGAUACGACUGGCUCUUCGCACAACGGCACCAAAGAAGUUUUGGCUCAUGGCAAGGAAAAAGGUUAUCUCGAUGCUUUCCAGGCGGUCAACAAAAUUGACUCGACUGAAGUAAGCUGGACUCUAGGCAAAAUCGUCUUGUAUGCGUCUUCCCAAGUGCCAUUGGAGAUUGAAGAAGCCCUCCCCGUGGGAUUCGGCAGUAAUCUACCCGGUGUCCCGGCCGACUUCCAAUAUCCCAGUGUGCAGCUGCUACCAGACUCGGAUAGCUUCCACAGUGAUCAUUGGCAUGACGCAUUAUUUGACGGCGAUUCCCCGCGUCGGAUCCCAGGCUUCGUCCUAUUCAUGCUCAUUGUUGUUAUGGUCGGCUUCUUCCUGUGCGGACGCAGCCGUCGAUCACGGAUCUUUAACCGCGUCGGUAACAUGCUGCGUCGCGGCGGGCCAUCUCACCCCAAUCACCCGAAGAAACGAAAGGGACUCAAGUCGAUGCUGCCAUUCCUCGGCCGAAGUGCGACCUCUUACGAGCGAGUUCUUGAGGACGGUGCUCAAGAGUAUGAGCUUGGCGUGGCUGAGUCUGACGGGAGCGAGGAUGGCGGGCGUCUAUCGGAGGCAGAUUCGGCUAGACUGGGCCCGCCGAAGCGAGCUUCGAGUUGGGGCAGCAACAGUAAUACCCCCAGCUUCAAAUACGCCCUCGAUAACAGCUCGACCGGGACCAUUGGGCUUGGAAUCAGCAGUAGUGGCAGUGGUGGCUCGGGCAUCGCGAUGGACCGAGCAGGCUUGGUGGUUAGGACAGAGAGCAGGGACCAUCUGGCCCCAAUUGCUCUAGGGCCUACAACCAAUGGCCGUCGAUCGAGAGCUGGCAGUCCGACAAGAUCUCACCACCAAAAGUCGCCCAGCAUGACACCCCUGGCCGACGACUAA